AUGCUUCCUAAGUCUGUAGUUGAUGUGUAUAAUGAGCUGAAGAUGGUGGCUCUUGGAUUCAAGUCGCCUGCGUUUCGAGCCUUUUUUACAACAAAAGCUGAAGAAGACUUCAAUGGAAUUAAAUAUAUGAAAGAAAGCAAAGAAAAAGACAGCGCAGUUAAGAAGUAUUUGGAGGAGCAAGGAGAACUGAAAGAUGUUCUAAAGAGGCAAAGCGUUAUUUAUAAUAUGUUUUAUGAUGAUGCAAGUAGAAUAUGA